CCUAAAAAUUGGUAAUCAAGCCAACUGUCAUAUUGCAACUGCACGUAAAAGGUGAAAUUUAUAAGAUUUGCAUGAAACGAACGAUAAAGCUAGUUAUUUAAUUUCUGUAAUUGUCGUUUUGAUUGUGCUCUUUCACUAAAAAAAUCAUAGGCGUUAUAUCGAGAAAAUAAGUAUUCUCAUAGAAACAGAUAUGUAAGCCGACUUCGAAAGAACAUUUGCAAUAUCCUAUGUAGCAGAGUGCUGACGACUACAUGUUUUACAUGUUCUAUUAUAAGAAAUUUCAGUGAAAAAACUAAAAUGGCAGAUAAAGAACAAGUUAUCCAAGCUCUAAGAGCUACACUUAUAUCAGUGAAAGGUGCUUUGACUGUUAAACAAUGCAACCGUGAUUAUCGAGAACUACAAGGAGAAUGGAUACCAUAUAAAAAGUUAGGCUAUCCGACGUUGGAAAAACUAUUUCAAGAUGUUCCUGGAUUUAAAAUAACUCAAAUAAAUGGAGAUUGGGUUGUUGAUGCUAUUGCAAGUCAGGAAACACAACACAUAGCUUCUAUGGUGUCACGUCAGAAGUCAAAUAAAAAACACAACUUGAAAUUGAAUUAUCCAAAUCGGAUACCAAAAAGGCAAGGAUCUUGGAGAAAACCAACUUCAUCAUAUUAUUCCUCCAACUAUAGUAAUCAAUAUUCAAAUCAGUUAUAUCGAGCUAAAUCCAAUACUCCAUUUAUUAACAACAACUACAAUAAGAGUAACAAAUACAAUAAGACCUAUGAUACCAAAAAUUCAUCUCAAAAUGUAAAAAAUUACAAAGGAUCAGCUGAAAAUCAAGACAAAACUGGUAUAAAUACAUCAAAACGCGUAAACACAGCUUUGCAAAACACAAAGGAAACUGAAGAACAAAAACAUUCCAUUAAAAAUGAAAAAGAGACUGACGGAAAAGGUGGCGGCAAAAUUUCGGCUUCACAAAGAUUGUCUAAUUUACGUGAUAGACUUAAUACGGUUGACUUGAUACCGUUGCAACUUCCAGCUCACAAUGAUUAUACAGAAAUUAGUGAUCUUGUGACUCAUGUAGCACCGGCUCAUACAUUGGAGCCUCCGCCAGAUUCGACUUCUUCGAUUGAAAAACUUGAAUGGACUUGUCGCAAGCUAGGGCUACCUCAGCCCACGUACACGGUCCUCGACAUACGACCCAAGCGUGGCCCGGCUAGUUACAUCUGCUCAAUCAAGGUGGGCGGGACGUACUCCGUGUCGUCGUACCCGGACUCGUCUCCGUCGGAGGAGCUGGCUAAAGAGGUGGCGGCCGUGAAACUGCUGGCCGUCAUCGAGAGCUCGGAGAUGGAGGGGCUGCCCACGUCGAGCCCAGCGGGCGCGCUGCAGGCGCUGGCCGCGCUCGCGGCGGACUUCGAGGCCGGAAUCUGGGCCACGCACGUGCCGCAUCUCUACAGACAGAAAUAUAAUGAAAAUUUACCGAACAACUGGCUGGAGUUGGUGGAAAACUGUCCCCUUAUACUAAAGGAUAGGCUGGUCAAUGGAUUGGUACUUUUACCUAACAAUGAGGACGUAAAAUCGCUAUUAAUCGAGUCUAUAUCUUUUGAAGAAACGAUCGACAGUGAUUUACCACCAUUGCAAUUUCCAGAGGAUGACUUUUGGAAUGUAUUCAUUACCGUAGCAAAUUCAACUCUCGAAGUUUGGCUCAGGAUAAUUGGCCUUCAAUAUAGUGAUGCUUUUGAAGUUCUUCUAGCUGAUAUGGUCGAAUAUUAUGAUAAUGGUGGCACAACAUUGGACAAAUCUAUGAUUAUAAAAAAUGCUUGGUAUGCAGUAAAACUAGAUGACGGCGGAUGGCAACGAGCGAAAAUAUUAGAAAUCGAAGACGAAAAAGCGACCGUUUUCCUUGGAGAUCAUGGAGACGACGAUUCCGUUGAUUUUAACAACAUAAAAAUACUCGAACCACAAUUCCGAAAACUGCCUGCGCAGGCGGUCCUGUGCCGGCUGGAGGGCGCGGAGGAGCUGGCCGCGAGCGAGACUGGCGCGGCGUUGGUGCGGCGCCGCUUGCUGGGCGAGGUGCUGGUGGCCGCGCCCGGCCCGCGCACCGACCCCUCCGACCCCUCCGUGGCCGUCGUGCUGUACGACACGUCUACGCCGCGAGACCUCAACAUCAACAAGGAGAUCGUGCAUGACUUCUGCAUCGCCGGCGCUUUCUCGCUCACGCAGAAGCUGUGUGCGGUGGAGGUGGGCUGCGUGACGGAGGAGGGUCGUGUGUGGGUGUCGCGCGCGGGCGGCGCCGACACCGUACGCGCGGCGCUGGCGCUGCUGACGGCCGGUCCCUACCGCCGCCCGCUACCCGCCGCGCCGCACGCGCCGCCCACGCAACCCAACGCGCUCUACAUCGUUCGCACGCUCGACGGAGACUGGGUACGAUGCAUCAUCAUCAGCGGCCUGGACGGCGAGGGCACAGUGCGCACGCAACUGGUGGACAGCGGGCUCAUUUUACGCGCGCCGCUCUCAUCUCUCGUACCUUUAAACGCCUUCUCGCCGGCCCUCGACGCCUACCCCUACCAGGCGGUACAGGUGCGACUGGGCGCAGCGGAGCGCGUAGCGAGCAGCAUGGUGCAGCGCCUGCGUGAGCUGCUGGUGGGUGCGCCCGUGCUGUGCCGCGCGCUGCCCGCGUCCGCACCCGCGACUGCUGCUGCAGGAAGCCCGUCAGGCGCGCCCGCGCAGCACGUCGAACUGUUCGCGCGCUCGGGGCCCGAGAACUUCCUCGUGCCCGUCAACAUUUCGAUACUCAUGGAGUACGAGUAUCUUCAACUCGCCAACCCGAAGGAGGAGGAGAAGGAGACGUCGAAGCACCUCGAGGAGCUGCACAAGAAGAAGGAGCGCAUCUUCCGCACGGCGUCCGCGGGCGACGCGCGCGACCCCCGCGCCGCGCUGCCCCCGCCCGCGCUGCCCGCGCCCGGCAAGUGCUUCGACGUGUUCGUGUGCAUGGCCGCCAACCCCUGGAACUUUGUCGUUCAACCGAAUAGUACGAGACCUACGCUGCAAACGAUGAUGGCUUCGUUGCAAGUGGAGUGCCCGAAAAUACCGGAAUCUGAAGCUCCGACGAAACCAGCAAGCGGACAACUUUAUACGGCAUAUUACGAUAAAGACGAAUCUUGGUACAGGGUCGUGGUGGCGAACGCGGUGUCGACAGAGAUGGUGUCGGUGUAUUUCUGCGACUUCGGUGACCUGACGCUGUUCAGCACCAAGUCGCUGCGGCCCGUGCCGGCUACCGUACCGCUCGCGCGCUCUUUGCCGCCGCAGGCCAUCAAGGCGCGUCUCUACGAUGUGAAACCUCUUCAUCAAGACUGGACAGUUGAUGACUGUAUUAGAUUUCAAGACUUAUGUGUGGAACAACAAUUUGUUGGCGUUUGCAAGGAAGUUGGCAAAGAUCCGAUAAAUCCUACUGAACCGUUACUCAUCCUUGACCUUAUAGAUACCUCGACAGAUGAAGACAUUUAUAUAAACAAACAAUUAGUCAAUGAAGACAGAGCACGACUGGCUUCAGCUUCUUAAAUAUCGUCGUUUUAAUCCAACAAGUUUAAAAAAAUAUUGAUAACAUAUAGAUAAAAUAAAUUUAAAAAAUGUAUUUCGUCUGACCCGUUAGAUGUUUACGUUAUAUUUAAACGUGAUAUAUUCUCUUAAUUUAUGUGCACUCGUUGUUUAUAAAUACUUCGGUAAUUAUUGUUUCGUUGAUCUAUAUUGAGUUUUAUUUUCCGUCAAUUCUUAAUGACAUAAAAUUAAUAUUUCACUAAAUUAUCAACAUUAAAAAAGUAUAAACCAUUUUCUGUGCAGUUAAAACAAACAUUGUCUUAUCGCUAUGUUCUCGCGUGUAGUGAAUAUUGACAAUUUAGUAAUUUUCAUAUGAAUGCAUUUAUUAUGACUGAAGUUAUAUAUCAUUUUUUGCCUUACACAAGUAUGACUGUACAGAUCUGAUCUCAUUUGUUCUUUCUUUUUUUUUUUAAUAAUAAACUUAAGUUUAAGAGUCAGUCCAUGAACUUCCAUUUUUGUGAUUUUGUCUAAUCUUUUUAAAUGAAGGAAGGAUAUUGUCAAUUUUUUUUAAUAGUCAUUAACGAGAUUAAUCUCAUGUUCGUUACUAUAUAAAGAUACCUUGUUAUGUGAUAUUUAAGUUCUUGUUUAUAGAUUUUGAUUUUAUCUUAAUCCUUGUUAAUUUAAAAAUAUAUAAAAAAGAAAAUGUAUAAAAAAAAUCUUUAAACUCGGUAUAAAGACAUAUAUCAAGACUUAUUUUAUUUAUUCUGUGUAAACCACACAUGUUAUUCCAUUUAAUCUGAAAUGAUAUAGAGAUAAAAACAAUAUUAGUGCUUGCUUAUUAUUAUUACUAUGGUGACACUAUAUCUACAAGCAUUAGUUGACUUUAUUGCCUAUAAUAACCUGUAAUAACUGUUUGUGCACGAUCAAAAUAAAAGUACUGUGUAAUAAGU